AUGGCUACCAAAUAUGUUAAAUUACCUACAAAUAAUAAUAAUGUUCUACCGACGACAACACCACAAAGACAACCCUCAUCAUCAUUUUUAUCAAACAUAAGGAAGUAUGUUUACCUCCUUAUUUUGAUUACGUUUUUCGCUUUAUUCGCUUUCUCGGAUGAGCUAUCAUCGAUAUUCAUUCUUGAUAAUCCAGAAACUUGUGACAAAAUGAUUUCUGGAGGUUGUGUUACUUUUGUUGAGAAUUCAGAAAAAUUCAUUCCUUUGCCUAAAGAUGAAGAAAAGUACAUGACAUAUAUUCCUCAUUCCGGUUUUCAUAAUCAAAGGAUCGCUUUAGAGAAUGCUGUUUAUUUGGCGUGGUAUUUGAAUCGCACGUUAAUCUUACCUCCAAUUAUCUUGGGAAAUCGUUUCGGUUGGAGAGAUUACGAUAAGUUAUUGAAACUUAUAUCUUCACUCAAAUCGAACAAAUCCAACGUGGAAGAGGAAUGUAAAAAGGACUUUCGCCCAAAAAGAUGUGUCGAAUUUCAUAAAUCAUAUAUGUUAACAACAUGGAAGGAUUUAUUUAAUAUGACAUUCAUUGAGAAUCAUGUUAGGGUAAUUUACAAUCACAAUGUAAAUCUAACCCACAUCAUUAAGGAUCAAUUAAAAAUCGAUGAUGAAGUGAAUGAUGUCAUUUAUGAUAAAUUGUACCCGGGAUAUCACAACUUCUUUGAAUACUCGGUUCCUCCGGAAAAAGUUGCACCAAUCGCGGAUGGGAGAAUCUUGAAGUAUUAUAUCUUGGAUGAAUUUAAGAAACAACCGCAAAAACUUGUGGUUUUUGGAAGUUUAUUCGGUCCCGGUACCGUUAUAAGGCAAUCAACCACAAGUCAAAAUUUUUAUCACGAUACACAACUCUCAAUUAUUCCGAAUAAUGAAAUCAUGACAAACGCCGCAAAGAGAAUUAGUGAUAGGAUGGGAAGUACGUUUAAUUAUAUAACGUUUCAUGGAAGGGCUGGGGAUGGGGAUUAUAAACUUUUGGCACAUGAACGUAUAGCAAUGGUAAUAAGUAACCUUAAACGUGAUAUGCCUGAUUUUGAUUCGGUUGACAUGAAUCAAUAUAGAAAUUUAUCGGAAUCAGAAAAACACAAUCUAUGUUUCGAAAAUCUUACUUUACCUGAAGAUAAAACGACUUUUUCCCGAUUUACUCGUAUUUACCUCGCCAGUGAUAUAGACAAAACUGCUGAACCUUUGCAAGCAGUGUUUGAAACCUUUCCUUGCGUCUAUAUGAUGUCAGACUUUAAGGAAGAAUUAGAACCUUUACAUCAAAUAAUUAAUAGUGUUGACAAUCAGCAGAUGUAUAAAUACGUUGUACCUUUUGUGGAUUUAAUGACUGGCUCGAACGGGAGGAGACUUUAUACUAUGGGCAGAAGUACAUUUGCCGGUUACAUGUUGAGAUAUCAUAGAUUAAUCGAAAAGAAACAUAAAAGUAGUUUGAAUGUAAUAUAA